GCCGUGCAGUAUUUAAAGCGGCGCAGCGGUUUGUGGCGUUGUGUGAAACACUUUGAGAAGAUGAAGGCCGCGCUGCUGCUGCUCCUGGCCGUGUGGCUGAACUCCCAGGCCGGCCACUGCUCCUCCUCGUGCUCCUCUCCUCCUCACCGGUGGUGCUCCUCCCUGGAAACGGCUGUCCAGUGCGGGGUUCUGAAGCAGUGCCUCAUGUCCAACUUCACCAGGGCCCAUCUGAAGGAGGACCCGGUCCAGGUGGAGGUCUACAUUGAGAGUCUGUGUCCCGACUGCAGGAUGUUUGUCUCAGAGAUGCUUUUCCCCACCUGGUUAAUGCUGAACGACAUCAUGACCGUCACCCUGGUGCCGUACGGCAACGCAGAGGAGACGUUUGAUGGAAAGAAGUAUAUUUUUGAGUGCCAGCAUGGAGAACAGGAAUGUCUGGGAAACAUGAUUGAGACCUGUUUACUGAACAUGACUAAAGCAGCUUUCCAGAUCAUAAACUGCAUGGAAUCUGCCGCUGAUGUGAUCAAGGCGGCCGAAAGUUGUGCGAAUGCGUACAGCCCGGAGCUGGACUGGGCCGGCGUGAUGACCUGCGUGAAGGGCGACCUGGGAAACGCUCUGAUGCAUCAGAACGCCUUGAAGACCAAAGCCCUGAAGCCGCCUCAUGAAUACGUGCCCUGGAUCACCAUCAACGGGGAGCAUACCGAGCAGAUUCAGCAGAAAGCCGAGUCUUCGCUCUUCACCCUGGUCUGCAGCAUGUAUAAGGGUCCUAAAACUGAAGCCUGCGGAGGGCUCCAGAGACAUUCCAGCUUCAGAGAUUGAAGGGGCAGAAUGUCUCCCCCUCUGUUCCAGGUGUGGCCACAAAACAACGGACACCCAGGAAUAUCAACAAAUAUGGGAUUUUGGCUGUAUUUCCACUUUGAUCGCCUCACUUUUUUAAAGAAUCAUGCAACAUAAAUGCACUUCAAUUUCUUGAACAUGUGUCCUCAAAGUAAUUUUACAAGCUGAACAUGUGUCCUCAAAGUAAUUUUACAAGCUGAACCCAUGAAAUCAAACAUUUAUUUGCAGCUUCUUGGUAUUUGCUCUUUUUGACAAGCGCUUUAAAAGGUGUCCAGCAGAGGGCGCCAUGUCUCAAAGCAUCUCCAGCCCUGUGAUAUUUUAGGAAACGGUGAAGUGUUGAUAAUCUCAUGACUGCCUUCACAUGGUUGUAGUGGCCAGACUCCCUCACUCUUCAAUCAACACAAGACACGUGCAUGCUUCUGUUUAAAAAAAAAAAAAAAAAAAAAGAAUGCAUUCUAAAUAUGAAA